CCCUCUUUCUCUCUCCUGGGAAAAUGCUCGAAGCCUAGAAAGAAGUCUCGAAAUCAGUUCUGAGAGAGUAUCUAUCGUCUCCUCCACAUCUCAUCCAUUUUUAGGGUUUCCUCAAAUCCCCACCAUCCAUGGCGGAAGUGAUCAGCAUGCCGCUCGACUCUCUGGACCGCCGUCGAGACCGCAAGGACGACAACAAGUCCGCCGACGACCCCGAAUCGUCUCCUCCACCUCCACCGCCGCCGCCUCCUCCUCCGCCGCUGCCGAGGCGUCGAGACAGGGAUUCCAGGGAGAGGCGUGACGACAGGGACCUCGACCGCCCUCCCAACCGCCGCGGCGGAGAUUAUUACGAUCGCAACCGCUCCUCACCUCCGCCGCCGCCGAGGGAGAGGGAUUACAAGCGUCGUGCUAGCCCUAGCCCCCCUCCGCCUUAUCGCGACCGCCGUCAUUCUCCGCCACGGAGGUCACCUCCACUUCCGCCGUUCAAGCGGUCUCGGAGGGAUGAUGGUGGGUACGAUGGGAGGCGUGGAAGCCCUAGAGGUGGUUAUGGCCCUGGUGAUAGAAGGUUUGGAUAUGAUUAUCCAUAUGAACGUGAUAUGGGCGGCAGGCCUGGUUAUGCUGAUGAAAGGCCUCAUGGUCGGUACAUGGGUCGUUCAUCUGCUGGUUAUCAAACUGGUUCAUCUGACUGGGAUUCAGGUCGUGGUGGUUUCAAUGAUGCCUCCAAUGCAGGGAGUUCUCAGAGAGAAGGUUUGAUGUCUUAUAAGCAGUUCAUUCAGGAGCUUGAAGAUGACAUUCUACCAGCAGAAGCUGAGCGCAGAUAUCAGGAAUACAAGUCAGAGUACAUAUCGACUCAGAAACGAGCUUUUUUUGAUGCUCACAAAGAUGAACAAUGGUUGAAAGACAAAUAUCAUCCCACAAAUUUACUUGCUGUGAUAGAAAGGAGGAAUGAGCUUGCACGAAAGAUGGCAAAGGAUUUCUUGCUUGAUUUGCAGAGUGGAGCAUUGGAUUUAGGUCCUGGUGUUGAUGCUUCAUCUUCAACCAAAUCAGGACAGACAAGUGAUCCUAACUCUGAGGAUGAAGCAGACAUAAGUGGGAAAAGAAAACGGCAUGGUAAGGCCCCAGCUAAAGAAACUGAUCUUCUUUCAGCUGCUCCCAAGGCUCACCCAGUCAGCUCUGAACCCAGACGGAUCCAAGUUGACAUUGAACAGGGCCAGGCCCUUGUUCGAAAACUUGACUCUGAAAAGGGAAUUGAGGACAAUAUACUAUCUAGGGUUGAUAAUGACAGAAUGAACAGGGACAAGUCUCAUGGUGGUUCCAGUGGCCCGGUUAUUAUUGUACGGGGUUUAGCCUCUGUCAAAGGCCUUGAGGGUGUUGAGCUACUGGAUACCCUUAUUACUUAUCUUUGGCGCAUUCAUGGAGUGGAUUACUAUGGAUUGGUCGAAACAAGUGAACCAAAGGGUCUCCGGCAUGUCAGGUUAGAUGGCAAGAGUUCUGAUGGGCCUAGUAAUGGGGCCGAGUGGGAAAAGAAACUAGACUCUCGUUGGCAAGAGAGGUUGAAGGGUCAUGAUCCGUUGGAAAUAAUGACUGCUAAGGAAAAGAUAGAUGCGACUGCUGUUGAAGCUUUAGACCCCUAUGUCCGAAAAAUUAGAGAUGAGAAAUAUGGGUGGAAGUAUGGUUGUGGAGCCAAGGGUUGCACAAAGCUAUUCCAUGCUGCUGAGUUUGUCCAUAAGCAUUUAAAGCUGAAGCACCCAGAACUUGUGAUGGAGCUAACUUCUAAAGUGCGUGAAGAUCUGUAUUUCCAGAACUACAUGGAUGAUGCAGAUGCACCUGGUGGGACUCCUGUUAUGCAGCCUUCUGUACCGAAGGAGAAGAUACAGAGGCGUAGGCCAGGUCCAGAUAACCGACUGAAAGAUGAACGUGGCAACCGUAGAGAACGUGACAAUCGAGAUAAUGGCAGUGAAAGAUUUGAUAGGUCUGAGAAGCCACAGUCAUUGGAUUUCCAGUCCAAUAAUGAUGGUCCAGUUGGAGGCAAUCCAGAUGAACUAAUGUUUGAUUCUUUUGGUGGACAAGGAAUUCAUGUUGCUCCUCCUUUUCCUUCAGAUAUAGCCCCCCCUCCUGUACUUAUGCCUGUUCCUGGGGCUGGACCAUUGGGACCAUUUGUCCCAGCUCCUCCUGAAGUUGCAAUGCGGAUGCUGCGAGAGCAAGGUGGACCUUCCCCUUUUGAAGGCGGUGGUAGAAAUGGGCGGUCAGGGCCUCAAAUGAGUGGGCCAGCCCCAAUCAUUGCUUUACCUCCAGCAUUCCGACAAGAUCCUCGACGUUUACGAAGUUAUCAAGACCUUGAUGCGCCAGAGGAUGAAGUCACGGUGAUAGACUACAGAAGUUUGUAGGCCUCUCAAGUGUAUCUCUGGCAUUAAAAUUUUAUCCAACUGGCUUGCUUGUCUUGGGGCGAACAACUGUGCUGUAAUUUUGCCAGAGUUGUCCAGUAGUAGAAGCAGAGACAACCUCCAUUUCCAUUGUGCCAUAAAUCCAAGAGGGUGAACUAAACUGCGUGCUAGUGGUGGUGUUUCUCAUGAUUCUUUUUAUGUUUCCAAUGUAGGUAAUGCUUCAAAUUCUGAUAAUAUAAGAGAAAGGCUCUACAGUGAAUUAGUGGGAGUUUUUUAAACAAUUAUGACUUGCUAGUGCUAUAAAAUUGACCUCCUUCUGGACAUUAUUAGUUUCAGAUAGCUGUGUUGUGUGUUUGUUUCCCUUUGCCACAUCUCCAAUAAUAAAAGUGGACAAAGAGUUGUGAGCAUCCUCUGCAAUCUGUUAUUUUUAAGGCGUGGAACUGUGGUAUGUCCUCUUUUGCAGAUGAUGCCUUUUAAUUUGGCAAUUGAAGUUUGAUAAUUUAUUUAUGGAUUGAGGCA